UUGCAAUUGGCUUCAUUGGUAUUUUAGAGCUCGUUGGGCUUCAAUCCGUGGAUGGAUUGACAACAAUAGAAAGAAUAAUGGCGUUGCCUUCUUGCACGAGCACGUUUUCCCCGGAGAAAGAGCUGGGCGAAGAUCUGAAGGAAGAUUUUGGAGAUGAAGACAGCUCAUCUUCUGGUCUUGAAAGCAUUCAUUCAGAUUCAGAUGAGGGGGAAUUAGACUCUGGGCUAAGCAGUGAGCCUCUUACUGCAAAUGCAUCCCAUCAGAAAAGAAAGAGAACCGACACUCCACCUGAAGAUGACCUUAUGGACAUGCAAUUGCCAGCUAAACAAGAAGCAUGGAAAGACAGCUUGGAACCAGACCCAGGCCCUCUCCUGCUUCAGUUCAGACCUGCACGGCCUCCUGGUGUGCAUCUUGACAAGAGCAGCUCCUAUUCUCCACUGGAGCUGUUCCAGCUCUAUUUUAGUGUUCAAGUGGUCGAAACACUCUGUGAGAACACAAACAAAAAUGGACUGAGAAGAUAUGCACAGGGAAAGAGGACUCCAUGGUUUCCUCUCACUAUUCAGGAGAUGUUCCACUAUCUAGGGCUGCUGAUUUUUAUGGGGUUGUUGAGAACUCGUAAAAUCAGAGAUCACUGGAGCAACCACAGGCUCUAUAAAGCACCCUUUUGUUCCUCUGUGAUGGCCCGCUACAGGUUUGAAGCUAUCACUUGGACCCUACACAUGAGUGACCCAGAACAUGACAAGGAGUAUGACAAGUUAAAAGGGACACCGUCGUAUGAUAAACUCUGCCGUCUGAGGCCUCUGAUGGACAGCAUUUUGGACUCUUGCAGAGCGUACUACCAUCCUACUAGGAACAUCUCCAUAGAUGAACGCAUGGUGGCCUCCAAGGCCCGUAUAGGCAUGAAGCAGUAUAUGCGAAACAAGCCCACCAGAUGGGGAUUCAAACUAUUUGUCCUGGCUGAUUCUAAUGGUUACACCUGUGACUUCAACAUCUACACUGGCAAGUCUCUUUCUCGAUCCGGCAAAGGCUUGGGAUAUGACGCAGUUAAGGAUUUGCUGCAUGUGAAAUAUCUUGGGAGUGGUUAUCAUCUCUAUGUGGACAAUUUCUACACCAGCAGAGUCCUCUUCCUUGACCUGUACAAAAUGCACUUUGGGGCGUGUGGGACUGUCCGUGAGAACCGCCAGGGCUGUUUGAAGUCCAUAGAAAAUCCCAUGCCAAAAAAUGCAGAAAGGGGUUCUUUCAGAUGGAUCAGGGAUGGAAACCUCUUGUUCUGCAAAUGGAGAGACACUAAGGAUGUUACUAUGUGCUCAACAAUUCACAAGGCAUACACUGGUGGCACAGUGCUGCGACGAAUAAGGAAUGCAGAUGGUUCCUGGUCAAAACGUAGCGUCCCUGUUCCAGAAGCAGUAAAGGAGUACAACAAGUUCAUGGGGGGUGUGGACUUGUCAGAUGCCCUCCUGAAGUACUACUGCAUAGGUCUGAAAACAAAGAAGUGGUACAAAACUCUGUUUUACCACUUUGUUGAAAUUGCUGUAGUCAAUAGCUUCUUAAUGCACAAGGUGUUGGAGGUGGAGAAGAACCGCAAACCACUGACUCACAAGGUGUUUAGGGAGCAGUUGUGUUUGCAGCUUGUGGACUUUAGUUUCUCCGCAAGAACACCUGCAGAGUCACCUGCAGGCACAAUGGGGCCAAUUGUUGGCACUCUGGGGUCAACUGCAGGGACUCUGUGGUCAACUGUUGGCACUCCAGGGUCAACUGCAGGCACUCCAGGGUCAAAUGCAGGCACAACAUGGCCAACUGCAAGCACACCAAGCCGAACUUCAGGUGCUUUAGGAAGUUGUUACCCAAUUCCCAUGGGUGAUCCCGCCUCAUCUGGGAGUAGAAAAAAUGCAUCCAAAGGUCGGAGGAGGUGCAGGCUCUGCAAAGAAAAGGGCAUUGAGAAAACCACAAUUUGGCAGUGUGACACCUGUCUCGUACCUCUCUGUCUAAUACCAGACAGGAAUUGUUUCAGGGAGUGGCAUGUGCAGAAGUGAAAGGCUGCCUGUGUAAAAAUAUUGAACUAUUAAAUGGGUUCAGCAGCACUGAAAAAAGGCAUUUUCUUCCCUUGUAAUAAAACUUUUUGGAGAAAUUGUAGAGUGAAAGAUAACAAAAGCAAGUCACUUUAGUGAUACAACUCCCACUUUCCCACCAAAAGGGAUAUUUGGCAUCUCUAGGCUCAUAGAGCUUCUGAUAGACAUCAAAGCCUGUUGAGAUGAUUGUACAUUUGGGGUCCAGCCCACUCUUACAUCUUUAGCACCUAUGACAUUGAAAGGGGCACAUCAGCAUGUAAGAUGAUGGAAAUAAAUUAUUUGCAAAGUUAUUUAAUUUUCAGUGCUUUAUUGUUUGUUUUAUAUGAUAUUCAACUAAUGACUUGCCUUCGAAGUUUGUUUUAAGCACAUUCAUUAAUGAUUUGUUAUUAUUACAAUACCAUGCAUUGUAAAAACCAUAUACUGUAGGUCAUAUAAAAGUGAUGCAGGUGUAUUCACUUAUUUCUAUUUACCGGCACAACAAAAAAGAGCUUUUGCCCUUGUUCAGUGUCUAUUGUUUAAGUAUGGCUUCUUCCGUAUUUUAUUUUUUGUUAUUUAUGUCGAAAGAACGAGUGCCCGACUCGGACAUAGGAGCUUUCCAGUUGCUCUUGAAGGCAGCAUUAGUGGCAUAGAUGAAGCUGUUUUAUUCCUCAUGGGGCCGGUUGCCUUUAUGGUGGACUCCAUGUAAGAUCACAUGACUAGCCAAGUUCUACUCACUUUAUCUCACUAACCCCUCAUAUUAUUAUUAUUAUUUUACAGGGUUCCUGUGGUCUUUGAAAACCAGGAAAUAUCAGUGAAUUUUUAAAUAGGCAAGGAAAAGUCAUGGAAAUUUAAAAAAUCGUAAAAGUGGGGCCUGGGUAGCUCGUGGUAGCGAUUAGUGGUUAAUAUUAGCUCUCAAUGGGGCGUGUGGUAAGAUGUGCGUGGAUCGCUGAGAGUAGCAUGAGCCUCCAGUGCUGUGAGUCUCCGUGGUGUCAUGCACAACGAGCCACGUGAUAAGAUGCGCAAAUUGACGGUCUCAGAAGCGGAGGCAACUUAGACUUGUCCUCCUCCACCCGGAUUGAGGUGAGUAACCAAGCCACCACGAGGACCUAUAAAGUAGUGGGAACUGGGCAUUCCAAAUUGGGAGAAAAUAGGAUAAAAAAAACACAAGAAAAAGUUAACACUUCUGUUUGGCCUUCUGUUUAUCGCAUAAUCGCAAAAUGGCCAAAUAUAGGCUGAUUAAUCAGCCUGGCCGAUAUAUCGGCUUAUAACUAAAAUAUGCAUUUUUGUGGUUAGCUCUGCCCUUAAAUAUUGAAUUGGCUAUAGAUAUUGUUUUUGUGUAGAGUAAAACUUGCUCACAAGCCAUAGGCUUUGUUUACACUGUCACAAAAAAUUCCUAUUUUUUACUCACAUCUGACACAGAUCGGAUAUUGUUGCACACGUGUAACCAGAAGAACCCGCAUAAGAACUGUUUUUUUUUUCCCAUCCGAUCUGAGCCACUUCCAUAUGUGGUUUUAAAUCAGAUACAUAUCUAACAUCUGACCUACAUCUAAACACGUUGUAACAGGGUUCAUUCGUGGGAAGAAUGAGGAAAUGGGAAACGUAGCUUCAACUCAAACAGGUAACUUUUUAUUUCACUAACUCAAAAUUGUUCACACAAACAGACGUCACACAAAGGGAUGUUUCUUUUUUGCUGGGUUUAUAAGACACGCUUCAUUUCAGAUGAACUUCAGAUAAUGCUGACUGUUAUGUUUGGACUGAUGCAUCUUUUUAUCAAGCUUUUUAUGCUGUCAAGUGUUAAUUUACCAAUGGAAAAGACAAAUGAGCAGUCUUUUUUUGUUGUUUAGGAAAAUUAGAAGGAACGCAAGCACGUUUUUUUAUUAUUAAUAUUUAAGCAGAGUGAGUUUGGGAAAUUGUGUUGAGCCCCACAUUUAAUAAAUAAAAACUAUUCCAA